GUGUUUUAUUGAAUCAGGAAAAGUGAAGAUGGAUCCAUUGUCGAAAGUGCUCGGCGAUGACCUGCAUCAGCUCGUAUCAGGAGCCAAGUUUCUGAUGGUGGGAGCAGGGGGGAUAGGAUGUGAGCUAUUGAAGAAUCUCGUCUUGAGUGGCUUUCAAAACAUCGAGGUGAUUGACCUCGAUACCAUCGAUGUGUCCAACUUGAACAGACAAUUUCUGUUCCAAAAGCGCCACGUUGGAAAGCCGAAAGCCGAAGUGGCCAAAGAUAGUGCUCUGUCGUUCAAUCCCAGAGCCAACAUCAAGUCUCACCAUGCCAGUGUAUUCAAUCCGGAGUACUCAACAAAUUACUUCAAGCAAUUCACUCUGGUGCUCAAUGCUUUGGACAACAAAGCUGCCAGAAGCCAUGUGAACCGCAUGUGCCUGGCUGCUGAUGUCCCACUGGUGGAAAGCGGCACUGCUGGUUACCUAGGACAGGUUACUGUUAUCAAGAAGGGUGAAACCGAGUGCUAUGACUGCUUGCCGAAGCCUACGGCCAAGACCUUCCCGGGAUGCACCAUUCGCAACACACCGUCCGAGCCCAUUCAUUGCAUCGUGUGGGCCAAGCAUCUGUUCAAUCAAUUAUUCGGUGAGGUCGAUGCGGACAACGAAGUUGCUCCCGACAUGACGGAUCCUGAAGCGGCGAAGGGUGGUGCUGUUGCAACGGAGGGUGCCAGCAGUGAUUCGACUGCGUCCAGUACACAGGAGAGCUGCGGCACUCGUGAGUGGGCAGAGCGUGUCGACUAUGACCCAGAGAAGAUAUUUACAAAGCUCUUCCAUGACGACGUCGUGUAUCUUUUGUCAAUGGAUAACUUGUGGAAGAAGAGGCGACCUCCCACUCCUCUAGACUAUCACUCGUUGCCAGCGGAAGCUCAUGAUGAAGUGAACGGUUCGUCUGGCAACCUGAGAGAUCAGAAGAUGUGGAGCCUGCAAGUGGCGGUGGACACACUUGGCAGAACGUUAGGUGAGCUGAAAGUCGCUCGUCAGCAGCGUACGGACAAGCAGCUCGUUUGGGAUAAGGAUGACGAUGAAAGUCUGGACUUUGUUACGGCUGUGGCAAACUUGCGAGCACACGUCUUCGGUAUCAAGAGGAAAUCGAGAUUUGAGUGCAAGGCAAUGGCGGGUAACAUAAUUCCAGCAAUUGCCACAACUAAUGCUGUCAUUGCUGGUCUCGUUGUCAUGGAAGCGUUCAAAAUUCUCCAAGGCAAGGUGUCUGACUGUAAAACGAUCUACUUGAGCAAGCAGCCGAAUGCACGUAAGAAGCUGCUGGUUCCUUGCAGCCUAGUUGAGCCCAAUCCAAAGUGCUAUGUGUGCUCCAGCAAGCCAGAG